AUGCGCCCGCUGCAAGACUGCAAGCACGCCCGCCUGCCGCGCACCAAGACCGCUCACUAUUUCGACGUGAUCGAAAACGUUGAGGGUGGAAAGACAUUACUCGCUGUAGCAAUCGGUAGAAGAGUAAUUUUGCUCCUAGAAGAACAAAAGACUGAAAAUGAGAUGGGUUUCGAGUAUACACAUAUCAAGGACAUUCAAUUGAAUGAAUCUCCCAUUUUAAUAAAACUCAUGGAUGGUGAAGUGCCGGUCGUGGUUGUUGGUUAUAAACAUCAUUGGGAAGUCUUGGAAACGACAACGGGACAGGCUAUAAAGCGGGCGGAGGGUUCAGAAGACACUGGACCUCGGCGCGGAGCACUCGUCAACGCUCUGCGUAUUGGCGAUGAACGAGAUGGCCAAAUAAUUCUUUGCUACAAUCACACAUGCCACUUCGAACGUAUAACUAGUAAAGGACUCGAGAGCGACAGCGAAUACGAUUUUCAUUGGACCACAGUACCCACGGCAGUAGUGUGUGCGUUCCCGUACAUAAUGGCCUUCGCUGAAGACUUGUUGGAAAUACGCCUGGUCGCCAACGGCUCGCUGGUGCACGCCGCUUGUAUUCCCGGUCUGAAACUGCUCUGCGGCAGGAGGAAAAACCUGCAGGACAUCUUCUACGUGGCCUGCGCGCCCGAGUACGUGCCGCUCAGCCGAGAACUGGACCCGUGCUUCGCGCUGCAGCACGAGAGCUACGAGCUGAUUCGCCAGAUGAGCCGACAGGGAGGGACCCAGUCCGUUGACGAUGAAGACGUGGAUAGGGCUGACGUAUGCCAGCAAAACAACCGAACCUCAGAAGACAAUUCGGCCUCAAGCAGAAGCAGUUCCAUCUCAUCGGAGCAAGAGAACAUUAGACCACCGCUGCAGCGGAUGGCACCGGUCUCCCCACCGAGCUCGCCGCAAGUAAUGCCAGAGAACAGCGGAAGAUGCGUGCGCAUAUACAAAAUACCCCAAAGCAACUUAAGUGCUGGGACCUAUCAGCGCCAGUCCGUCUCCGCGGAUCAAGUCGUAACCUCAUACUUUUCAGACCGACCAAAUAGUAUCAAACAAAGAUUAGCAGAACUAAGACUGGAAACCAAAUCUCGAGGAGGAGGCGAAGAAGAUAACCUG